AUGGUGUCUCUCGAGUGCUAGCACAGCAGAAGAUACCCACCAAUUGUUCAUCUGUUUACCGAUUCAGAAAAAGCUUUUUUGAAGGGAAAUCUUCUGAUUGAGUCUGUACAGGGAAGAAGGCUGCUGUAGCAAUCCUGAAGAGGGCUGCUUCAGAACUGCACGGAACUUCAGAAAUCACUGGAAGUGAAGAGUAUUUUGGAUAAGUGGCUAUUACCUAAAAGGGUAACAGAAUGGAGAACAAACAACAAAGCAAUGGUGAGGUGAAAGAAAAUAAGCUGGUGAAGAAAAAGAAUUGGUCUGGGAGUCUAAUAAUAGCCUCUUUAACUGGUGCUUUUGGAUCAUCCUUUCUUUAUGGGUACAAUCUCUCAGUGGUGAACGCUCCUGCGGUGUAUAUCAAGAAAUUUUACAAUGAAACUUGGGAAAGAAGAUACGGCUUCUCGGUGGAUGAAAGCACACUGACUCUCCUCUGGUCUGUAACUGUUUCUAUUUUUGCCAUUGGUGGACUCGUGGGUGCCAUUAUUGUUACCCCAAUUGUGAAAUUCUUCGGGCGGAAAUGUACAUUGGUCCUCAAUAAUGUGUUUGCAGUAACAGCUGCAUUGUUGAUGUCCCUCUCCUUGGUGGCAGGGUCAUUUGAAAUGCUCAUACUGGGCCGCAUUAUAAUGGGUGUUGAUGCAGGCAUUUCUCUGAGUGCCCUUCCCAUGUAUUUGAGUGAAAUAUCUCCUAAGGAAAUCCGUGGUUCAUUGGGUCAGUUCACAGCAAUUUUCAUCUGUAUUGGUGUUUUCACUGGUCAAGUUUUGGGGCUGCCAGAAAUAUUUGGUCAAGAAUCUCGGUGGCCUUACUUAUUUGGAGCAAUCAUUGUUCCUUCAUUGAUACAAGCCAUGGUUCUGCCUUUUCUUCCUGAAAGCCCUCGUUACCUCCUACUUGAAAAACAUAACACGAGCAAAGCAGAAAAAGCAUUUCAGACCUUCCUUGGGAAAGAUGAUGUGUCUCAUGAAGUAGAAGAAGUUUUGGCAGAGUCUCGAGUCCAAAGAAACACCAAGUUAGUGUCGAUACUUCAGCUCCUGAGAACCCGCGCUGUGCGAUGGCAGGUCUUUACUGUGGUCGUCACCAUGGGCUGCUACCAGCUCUGUGGGCUAAAUGCUAUCUGGUACUACACAAACAACAUCUUUAGUGAAGCUGGGAUCAAUCGUGAAACAAUCCCCUAUGUUACUCUAAGUACUGGUGCUGUUGAGACUGUGGCUGCUGUUUUUUCUGGCUUAGUUAUUGAACGACUUGGACGGAGGCCUCUUCUCAUUGGAGGUUUUGGUUUGAUGGUUCUCUUCUUUGCAGUACUCACCGUCUCUCUGACUUUACAGAAUACCAUGUAUUGGCUUCCCUACCUCAGUAUAUUUUGCAUCCUUGCAAUCAUUGCAUCAUUCUGCAUUGGACCAGGUGGGAUUCCAUUUGUCCUCACCGGAGAGUUUUUCCAGCAGUCUCAGAGGCCGGCCGCCUUCAUGAUAGCUGGGACAGUCAACUGGCUCUCCAAUUUCGCAGUUGGACUGCUCUUCCCUUUCAUUCAGAGUGGUUUACAGACCUACUGCUUCCUAGUGUUUGCUGCCAUCUGCUUUGCAGGAGCUACCUACCUGUUUUUUGUCCUGCCUGAAACGAAAAAUAAGACAUUUAAUGAGAUCAGCCAGGCAUUCGCCAAGAGGAAUAAAGUAUCUCUAGAAAUGCAAGAAAUGAACCACUACCCGGAGGAGAGGAAAUCAAGUGCAGAACAAGAAUCAAACUUCACAUCUUCAGUGGACAAUGGGGAAACCAAAAAAGAGAUUGUGUAAACCCAGGAUGCUCUUUUAGGGGACAGGGGAAAACAUGCUUUUUUUCAUUCAGUACAUUUCUAGCAAUGCACAACUUUUAUUUUUUAUGUGACAGCAUGAACUGCUUCUCUCUUGAAUACACUGUAAGUGAGUACAGGUGAAUUCCUUAGCAUCUAGGAUGAUGGUUGAGGAAAUGAGAGGGAGGACUAGCAGUAACUGAUUAAAGAAAUAAGAGCUGGAAUAUUUUUAGACACCUGUGAAAUAGGUACUGCAGUAUGUAGGGUAGGGAAUAUAGACUCGGAGAAGUAAAGCGGUGGUGGGGAGCAGAGGUUGCCUUUAGCAGCUGGCUGAGAACCCCUGUGUGCUCAGGGCUGGGUGUGCAUACCAUCUCUGUGGAGGAGGAGGAGGAGGGAAAGGGAAGAGAUCCCAGCAGGGGUCUGCUAAGAAUUGAUGCAAGCAAACCUGACAUGGUAUUGGCUCACGUUCUCCACAUUUCCCAAUAUGUCAUUCAAGUUGCACAUGAGAAUUAAGGACUUGAAAGACUUGUGACACUCCCUCAACCUGCCAUUCCUUUUCCAGCUAUUUUGACUUUCAGUUGCUUUGUCUGAACAUCUCGAACCUUCUCACAAAUGGGGAGCUCUGGGUCCUAAUGGAUUUCCUUGUCUCUCCCAAAUCCUGAUCAACUAGUAACAGAGUUGCCUUUAGUUUCUGGGUUUGCUGGCGCUGCAUUUCUGUGGAUAUAUGUGUUCUUAAUUUGAUUUUUUAAGAAUAGCUGUAAUGUGAAAAGGAAACUAAACCUCAUGGUGAAGUGAGAAAAUUCUGAUGGUACGUAUAGGGUGUAGCAUUAAAAAAAAUCAAGCACCAAAUUUCCCAAGAGUUGGGAUUUUUCAGUUGUGUUUUUGCUUUUCUUUUCAAGCUCCUUUUAAGUCAAGUCUUAGUAGCCAAAUUUUACCUGAGAUCCAAUAAGUUACAUUUCUUAACACUCAGACCUCAAAGGAAUUUGGGUGCCUAUUUCUUACUUAAACACUAAUUUUCAUUUGGGCAUUAGAUUCUGAAGCUUCAGAGCUAGUUCACAUUAAUAAGUCCUAAGCUAUUUAAUGUUUCAUAAAACUGACCUCAGAGUCUGCUUAACUUAGUGAUAGAAGACUCAGCAGGCUGUUGGGCGUUAGGUGAUCCAUUCCCUUCCAUGCGGGAUUUUUUGUAAUGAACUCAUCUUUCUAGUUUGUAAUUUUAGUAAUGGUUCUUCUUGACUCUUCUAGGUGCCUGAAUGCUGGGGGUGUGUAAUAAGCACUUUUAAAUUAAACAGUUAGAUGUUUUAUAUGAAAAGUUACUAAGUCUUAGAGUUGCUUUCAGUUAGGCGUAAGGCAUAAGAAGCAAUUGAAGCAUUUAGGAAGAGCCAGCUGCUUCCACAAGUUAUAUUUACUAAUCCAGAAGUUAAUAAAUUUGGGGCUAUUUGGGAAAAAAAUAUAUAUGUUCAUAUAUAUUUUUUCAUAUAUAUAUUCCAAAUAUAGAAAUGUAUAUGAUUAUGUAUAGUCAUAUAUAUACACAAUGGAUAAUUGCUUUCCAAUACUUGGGUUUUUUUCAGAUUUCCCCGAGUGAUAAACUGUUUAUUUUUUUGUUUUGCACUUUAAAUUACACUGUAAAUUACACUGUAAAUUAAAAUCAGAGCUCCUAAUCUUCAACUAUUACUACUAAAUUAUGUAUAUGUUUUUAUACUGUGAUUUAUUUAUUUAUAUGUGGCCUAUUUAGAGCGUGCAUUGUAAGCUGACCUAAUAGGGCAAUUUCAAUGGUGGCUAAUAGAAGAAAAAUUGAUCUGAGCCUUUAUGCCAGAAUGUAUGCUAUUUUACUGGGACAGAGGUACGGUGGCAAGUAGAAAACCGAAAAAAUAUAUGAGCAAGAGAAAUAAUAAAAAAUCAGAUUUAUGAUAUUGGUGCUACUGUUAUGAAACAGAGUGAAUCAGGAUUAUACCAACUGAUAAUCAUAUUAAGUAGCUAGUGAAAUACUAUGGAGAACUGAAGAAAAAUGUUUUCUAGUAACCACUUGUAAAAUUAUAUAUGUAGCAAAGAAGCGUGUCAUCUUUCAGUGGCAUUAGUUGCCUAUUCUUGAUAAGUGAAUGACUGCAAAAAAAAUGAGCUUGAAUGCCACCCUUCCAGACAAUUUCACGAAAAGAAUCUUCCUAUUCUGCCCUCAGGAUGAGACUGGCUAGUUCAGACCACCUCAUUCAGAUGGAGAAUUAAUGUUACUUUGCAGGUAGGGCUAUUAAUAUGCUGUGAUGUGAUCUGAUUUGAGUCAAGGUGGCAGAAUUGCAAUCCAUUAUUAUUAUUAUGAGAAUUUAGCACUUAGUGCUGUUCAAUAAUGUACAUUACAGGCAUGUUGAUAAUGUUGCUAUUGGAUAACUUCAAUCAAAUAUCAUGUUGGCCUCAUACGGCACUUGUAUUGGACUUCUGCAACAAGAUAAAAUCAUCUUAGAGUUGCUUACAGUUGCAUUUGGAGCCCAGCUCUGAAUGUGUUGGUAAAGAAAUGGAUCGAUAGAAUUUUCUGUCGCAGCUCAGGGGUUUGUGCAGAUUUAACAACAGGGGGUUGUGUCUUUCUCUUCUGCAGUACCGUUUACCCAUGUCUUUCCCUGCCUGAGACAGGCACGCUCCAGCUACACGCUCCCUGAGGCUCCAAAGAGAGCUGCCUCAGACCAAGUGCUCCAUGGGACAGCAGCUGCACGUCUCGCCAGCGUUUUGCACCAUGGUACAGAUUAAAAGCAAUUCCAGUCUCCAAACGUGUAUGCGUGCUGGUUCCCUGCUUAAUGGCAGGGAAGGUAGCUGCAAUCUCCUCUGCCUCGGAUUGUGAGAGUUUCUGAGGAAACUUCAGAUGUGCCGGUACUGCAUUAACUUUCUCAUCUCUGACCCUACCAAGAGUUCUGUAUUGUUCUUCAAGUUGUUCUAUGAGGUUUUCUCCAUUGUUACGCUGCUAUAGUUUCUCUGGCAAUGAGAGGACAAAAUGGAAAAUAACAGCAAUUUAUAAUUUGGUUUUUCUUGUUGAAUAUAUGAAAUUGUCUACAGCCCAUGUGUUUGUCAGUGAGUGUGGUGUGGUGCUGCAGUCUCUUUCCCUGUCUGUGACAUUGGGGUGAGAUAGUGCUGGAUGGUGUUUGUACUGCAAGUGGGUUUUGUGUGUGUGAUCAAUUAUAUCCAUGCACAGUGACUGCAAAAUAAACAUUUGAGAU